AUGAUCCUUACUGCUCCUGGAAGGACUGGCUCCUUUCCAUCCACGGUGAUGUCCAUAGAGCGGCCAUUGGCUGAGGACUUGGUUCCUGAUCCCAAGAGGAGUAAGGCGGAGGUUCGACCAGCCUUGAGCUUUUCCGACGAGGAUAAAGUUGGAACCUCACAACCAUAUGAUGAUGCCCUAGUGGUUACCCUGAGAAUUAGGGAAUACGAUGUGAAGAGGGUGCAGGGGCUUAAAUUGAGACCGGAGGACUUAACCUCCUACAACUCCCCUUUGGUGGGUUUUGACAGGAAGACCGUUUUUCCAAAGGGUCAAGUUAGACUACUUGUGCAGGCUUUAUUAGAAGUGGUGGAGGUGGAUUUCAUUGUGGUGGAUGCGUAUUCCCCUUACACUGCCAUUGUGGCAAGGCCCUGGCUUCAUGCCAUGGGGGCCGUUUCUUCCUCUUUCCAUUUGAAGGUGAAGUAUCCAUCUAGAGGCCAGGUCGAGGAGCUGGUGGGGAGCCAGUCUAUAGCCAGGCAGUGCUUAGUGGCUGCAAUCAGACAUUAG